UCUCGCGAUAGUAUCUUCGCUGUCGUGACCACGUCACACAGAGAUACUGAAUCUGAGGAACAUGGCGGAGCGCAGGAGGCAUAAGAAACGAAUUCAGGAGGUCGGGGAACCCACCAAGGAGGAGAAGGCAGUGGCCAAGUACCUGCGCUUCAACUGCCCAACCAAGUCCACCAACAUGAUGGGCCAUCGAGUGGAUUACUUUGUGGCCUCUAAAGCAGUGGACAGUCUCCUGGACUCCAAGUGGGCCAAAGCAAAGAAGGGGGAAGAGGCCUUGUUCACAACCAGAGAGUCUGUGGUGGACUACUGCAACAGACUUCUAAAGAAACAGUUCUUCCACCGGGCCCUGAAAGUGAUGAAGAAGAAACCGGAGAAGGAUACUAAGAAGGAAAAGGAGAAAGAGAAGGCAAAAGGUGACAGUGCAAAAGAGGAGGAUAAGAAGGGCAAGAAGGACAAGGACAAGAAGAAGGAUGCAGAAGCCAUCGACACAAAAAAGGAAAAAAGCGACGAGAGCCCCGGGUCACCCAAGAAGAAAAAGGACGUGAAGAAGAAGUUCAAACUGGAGCCGCACGACGAUCAGCUCUUCCUGGAUGGGAACGAGGUGUACGUUUGGAUUUAUGACCCGGUACAUUUUAAGACCUUCGCCAUGGGACUGAUAUUAGUGAUUGCGGUGAUCGCGGCCACCCUGUUCCCCCUCUGGCCCGCCGAGAUGCGAGUGGGCGUGUACUACCUGAGCGUGGCAGCCGGGUGCUUCGUCGCCAGCAUACUCCUCCUCGCAGUCGCUCGAUGCAUUUUGUUCCUCAUCAUCUGGGUGGUGACCGGCGGGCGUCACCACUUCUGGUUCCUGCCGAACCUGACGGCGGACGUGGGGUUCAUCGACUCCUUCCGGCCGCUGUACACCCACGAGUACAAGGGCCCGCGCACCGACGCCAAGAAGGCCAUCGGCGAGAAAGCCAAGGCCGAGGAGACCGCCAAGGCGCAGAAAUCCGACAGCGAGGAGCGGUCCGACAGCGAGAAGAAGGACGACGACGGGGAGGAGGAGGAAGAGGAGGAGGAGACGAAGGUGGAGGAGGAGGAGGAGGAGGAGGAGGAGGAGGCCACGGCGGCGGCAGCGGCAGCGGCAGCGGCGGCAGAGGGCCCGGACGGGGAGAGGCACUCCGACACGGACAGCGAUCGCAAAGAGGACGAGGGAUCUCAGCACAGCAACGGCAACGACUUCGAGAUGAUCACCAGGGAGGAGCUCGAGCAGCACACGGAAGGGGAAGAGGAAGAGGAAGAGGGGGGCGGGGAGGAAGGGGAGGAAGGGGAGGGAGAGUGCAAGGAAGAGGAAGAAGACAGUGGAACUAAGCCGGCAUCCAUUAAAACAUAAAAAAAACAUACGCAUCUAAUGAUGAACUUAUGCGGUCCACAUGGACUGCUACUUCAAGCACUCAGAUUAAAGGGCCACUCAUUUUCAUGUUGGUUGAGAUCUUCCACAAAGAAUACUGAUCAUUCUCCAGGUAGUUUCAACUGAGGACAAAAAAAAAAAAAAACAACAGCUAUGACAAAGAAAAGCCUUACUGUGGUUCUGAUUUCCUCUCGUCUGUUUUAAAAAAAGAAAAAGAAAAAAAAAAACGUGCUUGUGUAAAGAAUUUAUCCCCCGAGGCUAAUCUCUCCUCUAUCCCGUCGUCCUCCCUCCUUCCUUAACCUUAGAUUUUUGGGUUGAUUAAAUGGUUCCCAUUUUAAGAAUCUGUUAACCCAUAUGUCAAGCCAGUUUUCAAAUCUUAGGUGAUUUGUCGAAAAAGAAAAUGUUCAUCAAGUGCUACAAAGUAGUAAUGUGUACGCAUGUUUUUUCCUUGGAAGUACCAGUCUGUUCUCUGUGUGUGAGCCACUGUAGUCGUUUAAAUGGAUAAGUGAAACUGCGCGGCUACUCUGCUGUUGUCCUUGAGGGACACAGCCCUGCAGAUUUUUCGGCCCGUCACACUACGGAAACCCUUCAGAUUUGGGAGAUGGGAAUUGUUUCGAGCCGGGGCGAUGGGCCGGAUUGGGAGUUUUUGAGUGGAGAAGGGACGCUGUGGACACUGUGGCCAUCCAGGACCAAGCUUGAGUAGCCCUGGGAAACGCUGCAUAAUUUGACCAUGCCGCCGUAAUAUAAAAAUAAUGGGGUUUUUUUUGGGAGAAGGUGAGGGGGUUGUGUUACGAAAAGGCUACAAAAGGCAAAUCGAACAGGACAGGCAGAAGCAGGACUGCAGUCGCAACUGCGUCCUGGACCGCAAAGUACUCGUUUAUUUGGACCAAAGCCUGUAUGAUUAUCAAGAUCUGCUUUUGUAAGAACAUGGAUACUUAUUAAGGAACUUUGUCCCCGUCUGUCCUUCUAGCUAUGUGGAAUCAAACUGUUCGGCACCCCUGUGCAAAUUUGGUCUACGUUUGUGUAAUGUUACAGUACGCCACUGUUCUUGGGGCUUUCAAUAUUUGUGUGCUGUAAUGUGGCACCUAAUACUUUUUCUGUACCGUCUGAAAACUACAGGUGUGGCUGGGACAGAAAUUGAGACAGGUGUGCGAUCACUUUGCGUUCUUGUACACACCAUUGAUUCGGCCUGGUAUUUACCAGUGUGCUUUGCAGAAGCGUAUCGCAGUAACGAUAACCCCACAUCACUAGACUCCAAGCAAUGCAUUCCACGGUCCCGUUCGCGGUAUAGCGAGGUCGAACAGAUGCUACUGCACAGUACGUUAAUGAUGAUGGCCAUUGUCCAUAAUGGUGUCCACUCAUUUGAGAGUGAGAAGAGUUAUGAAGUCAAAAUGAAGUUUACUUUUGCAGAUGACAAUGAUGGUGAAAAAGCAACAUUUACAAAAUGAAUUAUGAAUGCGAUAUGGCUAUUCAAAGACAAGUGCCAAACUGCAAGUUAAUAAAACAGUUUUCAAUAGUUCCAUUUGUCAAAUGAGAGCUAGGACUUUACUAAACUUUUAAAAUUACUAAGUUAAAAAAAAAAAGGGGGGGGGGGGUCAUUUUCUCACCUACAUCUUCAUGUAUCUUAAAGCUGGAACCAGUGUCAAACCUUACCAGUCAACACAACAAGCCGUAUUUCAUUAAGCAUUCAGUGGCUUGUAUUGAUCCUGUGAGUAAUUUCUACAGCUGGUUGUACUGACGUCGUUCUCAAAGUUCCACCAUGAGUGAUUGGCUUUUAUGGUUGUGUGGCCUGAUUGGCCUUUCUUGUCGGUUGUAAUGCAUCUUUAUGAACUUGCUGGUGAUGAAACCUUUUGAAACCCAGAGGAUCGGGGGGUCCAGUGUAAGCCGUACUAUGUUUGAAUAUUGUGGUAGCAUAUUUUAGGUUUUCCUUCACCACCUGUGUGUUUUUUUAAAAUAAAGUACCUGUAAAUGCAACAUAUAUUAUUUCCAAGGAUGUAGUAAAGAUCAUAAUCAUCAUUUAGAAAACGGUAACUUUUGUUGCGCUCAUUGGGCGGUGUGUGUCAGUCUUGCUUGACCAAUAAGCUUACUGUAGGAAGAGCAUUACCACUUGGAACUUCAAACCAUCUAGUGUUUAACCGUACAGUUGGAUAUAAUUGCAUUCACUUAUGCCUGUUUAUCCAUUGAAAUGCAUGGAUUAGUAAUUUUUGGCGAAGUAGCAAUUCAAGAUUCUGCCCGCAGGAUACUAUUAUCCAGCAAAAACUAAAAGAUAUGAAUUCAUCGUCCAUUGUCUAAACCACCCCCGACCCCCAACCUCUGUUUUGUCGAUUUUUUGGUUUUGUGCUCUUGUGAUUGCAGAUGGACCGAUAUAGGAAUAAAAUAUAGAAUUCUUGAAUUUACUAACCCUUCUACCUAGUGCGCCACUGUACCACAAUAGGCGUGAAGGACUCCAGCGUGUAGAAGCUGCGUUGUCUCGCUUUCCUUGUUCAGAAACCCGGUUGAGUGUGUCGCUCGUGUUGAGGACCAUGCAGUUAGUCGUUGCGAAGGCACAGGUAGCAGCAUUGUUUUGUAGACUGAUCAUUGCUUCUCUUUAUUAAAUGCAUUUUCUGUGUCUGUGUGUUUCUCUUCUGUUGCUCUCUCCGAGAGAAUGAUCUGCCAGUGUGCCAGUCGCGUAUUGUAUAUGUUGGCCGAAUAAUUUCUUAUUGUAGAAAUAUGAAAUCGCAAAUGAGUGUAGUUCAGCAUCAGUACGUUGUAUUGUAGCUUUAUUAUACACUGUGUAUGUAUGUAUAAAUAUAUAUUGUAUACAUGCAUAUGCACAGGAUGUCUAUACAAUAUGCACUGUGUAUAUACAGUAUAUACUGUACACAGUAUAGUGUAUAUGUGUUAUAUAUAUUCAUAUAUAUAUGCACACAUAUGCACAGAAAUACAUGCGUACAGCUUUUGUUUUUUUAAAAAAGGAAGACCCCUUAACCUUUGUCCAGUCAAAACUUCAACCACUUAGUUGUCCAUAUUUGGAUUGAUAUCAUUUUGAAGAUGGUCUUUGCAGUUACUGGAAUAUAAUUUAUAUAAUUGUCUAUCUUAAAGUAUAUCUGUAUUCUUUCAUUGCAAUAAAGAUAUAGAAAGCAGA